CCUGUCACAAAGCGCCCCAUCUUGGAUAUCUCGUUUUCAGUGGUUCCAAGAGGUUCAUACCUUUAACCCGGCAAGAUAAACUAAGAAGCGGGUAGCCAAUUUUUGUUUCCGGAACACGAACAAAAUUUGCUUUUCUUCCCUGGGGAAUCUCUUGGACGGCAACCAUGGCUGCGCGUCGCUGAAAAAGUUGCUAUUUUAGCACAAGUGGUAGUCCCUAGCUGCUUUGAGCUAACAUUAGCAAACAGACUACUGAAGCGAUCUGAAGAUUUUUGAUGAUGUAAGGACUUUUUCUUUCUCGAACCCAUCAGCAUAAUCAUGGACGUCUAAAUGAUUCGGACCCCUAUCUUUAACGGUUUGCUUGUGUGUUGGCAUCACUUCCCUGGUUUGUUGUUCACCUUGUGUCAGCAGUGUGGUACUAGCAUUGUGAAUGGGUGAGAUGAGGAGUAGUAAAAGGGCUUUGCCCCUUGGUGUCACAGUUCAUCAGCACACAGAUCACAACGUUGAUACAGAUUUAACAACUGCAUGGAACAGUUUGCCUCAGUCCAAAGCCGCUCUGCGACGAAUAGAAAACCAUGUGGAGGCCGUUCCUGGGACAACAGCACUCCUCCUCUCUGUUAUGGACCCGCCCAAGAAGAAGAUAUCUGUAUCUGUCCGCAGCAGAGAUGAGACGAGGGGGUCCUCAAAGUUCAAAGAACAUCGGCAGUCAAGUUCCAAAAAGAGACGCUCACGCAGCCCGCUAAGAAACGCCACCCAAGACAGCAAUGUCAGCCAGCACAACAGUAUGGCGCUCAGGGAACAGCUGGCUUCGUACAGAGAGACCGCCCCUCCAUCACAACACUCAUCUCAGCUGGAGGCUUUCACGCCGCAGUCAAUGUCAGGGCCUUUGUCCCCAUCCUCAGACGCUCCGUUGAGCAAGCCCGUCUACCAGAAAGACUUUUGGGACAAGCACACAGAUGGGACCCAGGACAUCGCGCACUCUGCAGACAGCACGGAGGUCUGCUACCUCAAUGACCCGCCCACUGUAGACACCCAGCAGAUUUUUGCUCACCCAUCACAUGCAACAAGUUCACUCCCAGCUAUGGAGACUUGCAGUCCCGAGGCACAACUCACCCGCAGCAUGGAUAUUCAAAAGUCCAGUCAGUUUCUACCUCCUGCCUCUGACUUGAUAUGUAGAUGGGAAAGCACUCCUUCCACCAGUCCAGGCUCUGAUUCCCAGGGUUUGGAAAACCUUAGGCGACAUCAACCGGAUGAUAAGCUGGAAAAGCUCAAAGAGCGUAUUCGAAGGCAGGUAAAACUUCAGGAGGAGACUGCAGAAAAGGAAAAAGUGUUGGGCCAUCUUGAGCAGCCCAUAAUAUCCGCCAAGAGUAACAGAGGCGGCACUACAGCCAAAAUAAGGAAGGUAGCAGCUGCACCACAAGCGCCUACUUACAAAGGCUUCAGCAAAACUGAGGCCAGGACCCGUGCUACCCAUGGGAAUGCGUUAAAAGAAGAGGAUCUUCAGAGUUUAAACAAGGACCUGCGAAAGGACCCAUUAAAGCGGUCUGCUGGAAGCUCGGCACCCAGGCCACAACAGGAACGGCAUCAUUCUGUAGAGAGAGAAGCGAAACCAACCAGGAAAAUCCACAAAGCUGCCUCUGGCCAAAACGCAAAAACAGUGAUUACCCCUGCUUCCUGGCGGGAGGGCUUGAAGCUGGCAAACAAGAUACUUGGUACCGCUCCCAAGCAAUCCAGGGUGAACAGGCACCAUCUCGAAGACAAACUGCACCAAACAGCUUCCCAUCGGCGGUCCACUGUUGACAAAGAAGCAAACCACCCUCCUCGUCCUAGAAGCACAGACAGGAGUCAAAGUGCAUUACAGGCUCAAUCCAGAAUCCACUCCACCACCACUUCUAGCCCCUUGUCGGCUUGUCAGGACAAGUGCCCAGUGCCUCUAGGCAAAGACCUCUUGUCAGCAGACAUCCGGGCCAUAUUUGAUGACCCACUGCUUGAAUGCAAGGCAGCUGAAGAGGAGGAGCGGUCUCGGCCAAGAUCUGGGAGAGGUAAGGGUAGUCAGAAGGGGAAAGCAAGGUCAUUGUCUCAAACAAGGACUCCCCUCUCCUUCUGGGGAACAACUGUGCCAACAUAUGGCCCCUCAAGAGGGUGUCGUAGUGCCAACCCCUCCACCAGUGUGGCUGAAACUCAGGAGAAGAAGCGGCACUAUGAUUCAGAAAAAAUCCGUCAGUACAUUGUUAAGCAAAAAGAAGAAAGAAAAAGACAACAGGCAGAAGAGAAGAAGUCUUUGAAAGAGGAGUCAGAGAAACGAAACCAGAGGCUUCAGGAGCUCUACAGGAGGCAAAAGGAAAUGGCUAAAACUGUCGUCACUCCCAUCGAAGCAGCUGGCACCCCUUGGCAGAAACGGUAUAGGGAAGAGACCUACAACCUUCUCACAAUGGAUGAGACCCAUCUUGGAGAGGCCAUUCAGAUGCGAUCCUCUGCUGUUUCAAAUCAACUGAGACCAAUGUACCAGCCCUCUGGAGAGUCGGACAAAGAGAAUAAGAAAAUGGAACUACCACAGAGCCCCUCAAGCAGUGACAGGUCUUUGACUGAUCAGCUAUCUCCUCCAUUACAAAGGGGUGAUUUGGAUGUUGGAGUUACUUCUCGACUUAAUCCUGACCUCAGCCCAGCUGUUCAGUCUAUCUCCGCCUCCAGCGCUGGUGCACUAGGGUGUACAAUUUAUGACCCUCUCCUUUCUCAACCUCGGAGGCUGGAGAACACAGUUACAGCUGGUGACGUCAAGCCCACUUUUGCAGAAACCCCCACCUGGUCUCAGUCAAAGAGGUCCCGUAUUGACGCCAUCAAAGCCACAGCCAUCUCUCUCUCUAAUCGCAUUGAGAAUGAAGCCCGGCAGAUUGCCCGGGUGGGAAUCAACUUUGGCGAGACAACUUCUUUGGACGCAGAUAUUUUGGCCCCGAGGUCCACUCGGGCUAAUCUUGAUGAGAGAGGCUUGGCAUCUGGACCUGGCACAUUUGAAAAUGCCGACUUGACAUUGAGGCUCCAUAGACUUAUAACAAAUGCGGGUCUUAGUCCAUACAAUAGUGCAUCUCUUCCGGGAGCUGGGAAUUUGCACACCUUCAAAGGGCAGCCACAACAAAUUACACCUGAUCGAACAGAGUGCUCUGCUUGCAGCUAUGGAUUGGAAAGGAACCAAGUCAAUGGCUUAGAGAGAACAGAUGACAUGCCUCAUAUUAGACCCUAUAGAACAGCUGAGGAGAACAGGGAGAAUAGGACAGAUCUACAUGACUCAAGUGGCGGUUCUAUCAGUGAGGGUACCAUUUUGAGUGAGGGUAGCUUCAGUAAGGAUGAAAUGAGUCCUCCUCAACCUCCCACCAAUCAUGUUCUGAGAUUGGCAGAUCACGCCAAUGACUGUCCUGGUCAAAGAGUGGAAGUGCAACGCCUCACUGACUUCCAGAAGGAGGCUGCCAAGUGCUUGGCCCUCACGUCACAAUUAACGCCUCAGAACUGCAAUAAAAUGCCCUGGGAGGAGUUGAACAAAGGAGAUCCUUUCAGUGUAAUCAACAUUUACUUAAAGAACCUCAAUGUUAAAGUGAAUGACGGGAAUUCCCCAUCUUCUUGCUCUAUUCAGUCGGGAGGGUCCCACAGAGAUGCAGCAGUCUAUGAUGAUGACUUUGUGUCAUUUCAUAGCAUUAGCCAACAGUCAAAGAACACUUCCAGUCCACACAGUGUGGCAAUGGAAAGUAAAAAGUCUCCACAAUCCCGAGGAAGACUGGCUUCCCCUUCAGCCUUUCCUGAUUUGGCUUCGUCUCAAGCAGCAGCCUCUCUCAAGAAUGAUUCUCGAAUAAACGGUAAACUCCAGUAUUCACCUACUGCCCUGCAGCAGUACAUGGCAGCAGAGCUCAAGUACCAGGAGUCCAUAGAGGAGUCUUUGAGACAGCUUGAGGAUGUGGAGAGACUGAUGGGUCUACCCAUGGCUCCACAGUCCAAGCAACAAAAGUCUCCACCAUCAAGAGGACAAAUGACUUCUCCUUCUGGCUUUCUGGGCUCUACCCCAGCCGCAGAUCUUCACUCGGAAUCUCCCAGAAAUGGUCUCAGUGCCGGGCCCAGUAAAAGCAGCAGGGCCACAGGUAAUCUUCAAUAUUCUCCGGCCGCCCUGCAUCAUCAUAUGACAGCAGAGCUCCAGUACCAGGAGUGCAUAGAUGAGUCCUUUAGACAUCUAGGGGAUGUGGAGAGGCUGAUGGGUGUGUCUGUAGCCCAGCAGGAGAGUCCUUCAUUGGCACAAAUACUUGAGGCCAAGCAGCAGGAAUAUGAGAAUGACCUUUAUGAGCAGAAGAUCCAGGCUGAAAGAAAGGCUUUGGAGGCCCAGCUGCAGCGUGAAGAAGACAGGCAGAGAACGGCCCGGGCUCAUGAAGAAUUGCUGGAAAAACUCGUAUUAACUCAAAAAGAGACGGCCGAAGCAGCGCGUCACAUCAAAGAGUUGACAGAUCUGGCACGGACUCAGAUCGAAGGAGCUCUCGCUGUGUCCGUUGUUGCGCCUGAGUCUUCGAUUCUGACCAAGCACCAUCGGGAAAAGCAGAGCCAAUCAGAUUCCGACAGCUUCCAGAGAGAGGAAUCAAGUCGAAGCCUCAGUCAUACUGACUCGCGGCCUGUGCAAAGACCCAAUCACAUUGGUGCAAACGAUAGCUGUCCCAAUAGCCCCUCACACACAUCUGCGGAACAUAUCCAGGAGGUGAACAAAGAAGAAACAGAAUUGGAAUGGAAGAAAGAACAUGACAAGCAGGCAGAGAGGGAACCGGGCAGCAAUUCAGUAGAGGAGGAAUGUCCCACUGCGGACAACGACUCCCUCUGUACUGAAAGCAUCCCCUCUGUAGCUGAUGACAAGGAGUACUCUUCCAAGUUCGACUCAUCGAGAACGGAGGAUGAAGUGGAAGAACGCUCCUUCAGCUCUUUGCUGCCCUCUAAGGUGCACCGCCGCAGUUCUUUGGAGAACAGGCCACACCUCCACGAGGAUUCAGAGGAUGAAGCUGUAGAGGACAACUCAACACUACUCUCAGGGUCACAUAAUGGUACAAAGCAUCAAAAUCCAAAUAUGUCCUUUUCUGGUGGAAAGGACAGCUUCUCCCGGUUCACUAUGGACAUGGUGCGUCAGCACAUGAAAGAUGAGGAUCUACGACUGCAGCAUCAGAACGCUCUGCUGCGUCUGCGCCAGAAAGCUGUCAAGGAAAAGAUCAGAACUGAGUUGGCAUGGCUGGAGCACCAGAAAAAGCAGCUGAGGAAUAAGGGCGAGGAUGACAAAUUGCCACCUAUCAGAAAGAAGCAGAAGGGCCUUUUAUUAAGACUUCAGGAGGAGCAGGCUGAGAUCAAGCGUCUUCAAGAAGCAAAUAAAGUAGCAAGGAAAGAAAAGCAGCUGCUGUUGAAGCAGCAAGAAGAGAUUGAGCGAAUGAGGACCUCAACACAGAGACUAAAAGAGCGUCUCAAGUCUGCUGGUGGUCAAGUGCCCCCUGAGUCUCCAGUGUCAGAAACGCCUGUGUCAGAAGCAGCUCCUUCCAACAUGAGACCUACCGAUGACAGCCGCACCCCAUCGCCAUCGCCUUCCGUCUCUGCUAGCGAGACGAGCAGCAUCAUGCAGAAGCUCAAGAAGAUGCGUUCCCGUAUGGAUGAAAAACACUGUUCUCCCGUCCACUGCUUUUUCUCCGUGUUCACAGCCCAGCACUGGGCUUCCCUUAGUGUCUGUCUUCCAAACCUUCAUCCUAAAUUCCAGCUCUUUAUCUACAACCAGUUGGACAGAUUCCUGACUAAGCGGGAGCAGCAGUUGAUGCAGAGGCGUCAUCACGCUGAAGAACUGCUGCAGUGGAAAAAGCGUCUUGAUCAAGAGGAGGCAGAGGUCCGGAGGAUAGAAAAAGAGGCCCUGGCUAGUUGGUCAGAGGGCGGUGCCGUAUCGGAUAAUCGGAGCAAGUGCGUCUCGAAAAUUAUCCCCAAGUCCCGUCACCAUCGAAACUCAGAACCCAGAGCAAUCAGCCAGAAAGAGUAUGUGACUGAAGACGAUUAUUCUUCAGCAACAUCCGAGUGCAGUAUACACACAGAAGGACACUGUCAGGAACCAAGAAGUCCAUCCUCAGCACAACCUGCAUCAUUGGCUGAAAUCACGCUUGCCUCGAACCUGAGCAGCCCGACAAAUUACAUUGAGGACUUUGCUUCCCUCACACUCAGCAAGCAGUCUUCUCCAGUCAAAGGCAGCCACAAUCAUGCCUCUCCCCCUGAUACCAGCAGCGCAAGAAACAUGCAACUUCACUCUUCCUUCCAAAUAUCCCAGCAGGCCCCAAAUAGGCCAACAGAAACACCUUCACAGACUGAACCCAUUUCAGAGCAGAGUGACAUAGAGGGCCGUAUCAGGGCCCUGAAAGAGGAAUUGAGAAAACGUAAGUCAAUGGCGAGUAAGCUCAAAAGGGAGCAGGAGAUGAGGCAAAAGGAGCUCCUGAAGGCACAAGAGGCCAGCCUGCUGAAACAACUAGAGAACUACGACAACUUCAUUGGAAAAACUAAGGCAGAACUAAACAAAGAACCUACGCAAACUCCUGAUAGCAAAUCUCAGAAGCAAGAUUCUACGUUAGUUGAAGGUCAAUCCGAUUCCUCGUCUCCUGUCAAAAGCUCUGAAACCAGUGAAAUACUUACUGUGGGGCUGAAUUCAUCAUUCCACCAAAGUCGUACUAGAUCUACCUUGGCAUCUGAAGGGCUCAAUGUUGAAGCUGUGUCACCAUCCCCUGUACACGGCGGUCCAGAUUUCCUGACCUCGGGUCAAGAGAGGUGUCAGUCACCAGACUAUACUUUAAGACCCUCUACUGAAGAUGCCCAGUCACAAAUAAUGGAGUCUAAGAAGGAUGAUAGUGUGCUGGAAGCACAUUCUGCUGCAGCGAACCUCAUCGCACACGCUAAUGACAAACCCACAUCCAUUGAUCAUUCCUGUAGACUGGACUUGGAUGUCAUUUCCUCAGGGAAGGAGCCAACGAUAAGGGAUGUCCAGGCUUCUUCUCCUCUGGCAGAUUACCAAGAUGAUUUUGAGUCAUCUGCACCUUCUUCACCUACGAAGGACCAACAUAUUUCCAAGCCGGAUACAGUUUGCCAAAUUGAAACCAGGUCUACCAGUCAAGAUGAAGAAAUUGAACAGGAGAUUGCUGAAGAAUUGAGUCACCAUUCUGUGACUAGUGGAGCAAGCCAUGAAUCUGGUCGACUACUCGAUCUUCAGAAAACUGAAGAAUCUAACAAUGAGAGUCAGAACAUUAAUUCCAUCUCCCCAGCACCAGUCUCUCACUCUCAUAGCCCUCUCCCUCUGAGUCUAGAUGAAAUGCCAAGUUACAACAUUGGAGACCGUGUUCUUGUUGGUAAUGUCCAACCUGGGACACUAAGAUUUAAAGGUUCGACCAGCUUUGCUGGAGGCUUUUGGGCUGGUGUGGAGUUAGACAAGUCUGAGGGGAGCAACUGUGGCACUUACAAUGGAGUUGUAUACUUUGAGUGCCGGGAACGUCAUGGGAUCUUUGCUCCCCCUGAAAAGAUCACUCAUUUGUCCGACAAGUUUGAGAUCUUCACAGAUGCUGCGGGACAUGACAACUCGUACUCCGAUGAUGUGCUAGAUCCAUGUGACGAUGAACAUAAAAGCGAUGAGGAAAUAUCGGAAAAGAUGCAAAGUGACGAAACCUCUCAUAGUGAUGUAUUGAUAGAGUUGACAGAUGUAGUCACUAACCUAGAGCAAAACCUCAAUAGCCAGGGACUACCAAAAGUGGAAACGCACCUCUCUUCUCAACAUCACAACCAAUCCAUACCACAGAAUGGUCAGGAGCUAACGGACAGACUCGAGAAAGAAAAUGUGCUGGAUCAGUAUUCGCCACUAAGUAAGGAUAAAAUUUCCAUAUUUGAGAAGGACGAUUCUCUUGACCAGUCCACACCAACAGACAGUCAAGAGAUUUCUGCAUUAGCUGAGGAAGACAAUGUGCCAUCAUAUAGUCCGGACGUUUCUGCGGUAGCUGAGAAAGAAGAGGCGGGCCCAGAUAACCAGUUGAUCUUUUCCGAAGUUUUCCAUGAAGCUGGUGAUCACAAGGAGGCGCAGAAGGAUCAAAUUUCUCCAGACAUAUUAGCAGACAAACUACUAAGUAACUUUGUGAUUGACACCGUUCAGCAAUUGGUUCAGAUUAAAAGGGCUAAAGAGCAGAAAAUUGAAGCUUCCAAUCAGAUCAAUGGAGCCGUCGUCUUUGAGUCAGAAGAACGAGGAGGGCUCAGUUCACUAUUGGAGCCACAUGAUGUUCUCUCUUCCUUUUUGCCAGAAGACGAGCCAUCAUCGCCAGAAUAUUGUAACCGACCGGAAAGUCCAAUUUUGGGAGCCAGUGGGCAAGAAGAGCUCGCCAAGAGACUUGCUGCGCUGGAAUUGAACCGUGAUCUGCUCGAUGAGCUCGGCGACGAUCAGGAUUGGUUUGAUGAGGACUUUGGCCUCAGCUCACGGAGGGAACAGCAGCGACUCCAACAGAAGCAGAAGGGCAAAGAGACGAGGCUGGCAGCAGGUGCGGGAAGGUCUGGUUCCUCAGCUGAAGAUCCCCCGAGGGGACUGGCAUCGCACCCAGAUGGGGACCAGUCAGCGAAGACGCCACCGAGACCUGCACUCCCUCUUCCCCUGCCCCCUAAACUGCCAGAACAACCUGCCAUGGUGGUGCCCCACUCAGCCGGCGAGGUUGAAAAGUUGGUCCAUGUUGCCAUUCAGGAUAUCUGGAAGAGCUGUGGCCUUACAAAGGAAGGAAGGGUUUCAUUAUCACACGUGGCCUGCCCCAAACCUUCUCAAGAGUUUUUGACUGUUGAGGACCGAACGGAAGAACAGGAGGCCCUCUCCAUCCGCAGCUACAAGCAGGCUGUGUAUGACUUGACGUGGGAAAUCCUCCGGGAAAUCUAUGCCGAAGACCCCAAUGCCAAUCAGCCCGAGUGGGUUAAACCACAGCGAAUCCGACCCGCCUUUUCCCACAGAGUCAAGAUGCCAGGAGACAUCAAUAAAGUACAGGAAUUUGUCACAGAAGAAGUUCUAAAACUUUACGGUUUGACCAAAAACAAGAGUAAAAAAUCUGACUGGCAGAAGAUGCUCAAAUUUGGUCGAAAGAAACGAGACAGAGUUGAUCAGAUACUGGUACAGGAGCUCCACGAGGAGGAGGCUCAGUGGGUCUGCUACGAAGAAGAUGAGCUGUCAGUCAAGAUGCAAUUGGCAGACAGCAUCUUUGACUUGUUGCUAAAGGACACCGCCAACUCGCUGAGUCUCAUCACCAAGAGGGCUGCCGUCAGUUGAAUGUAAUCCACUUUAAAUGUCGGAAAUACAAACAUGGGUUUGAAAAGAGUCUUAGAGUUCCUGAGAAACAACAAAAUAAUACAUAUAUGUAUAUAGCAACCAAUGUAGGUAAACAGUUGGUUGAUCAGUGGCACAUUUUCUUUUAUACAGUCUGCACUACAAUCAGUGAUGUCAUUUUUCGCCUUUUUAUUCGAAGUUAUUGUGUGUCGGGGGGCGGGACAUUUGCCUUAAACUUAUCUUACUGUCAGUCAUGCUCCCUCCGUGGGGGGCUUUUCUUCUUCCUUGUUUUCCAACAAGAUGUGUUGGACUUCAAACUUUGGCGUCUUGUAAUAUACUUUUAAUUUCCGUGGCUGAAAUGUGUCACUGAUCGGAAACAUGUAGACUGCUCUGUAUUGGGACACCACAGAUGCAAUAUUGUGCAAAACAAAGUAUUUUAUUUAUUUUGUAAAAAAAAAAAAAAAAAACACAAUUGAAUAGAAGAGAAAGUAUCCUCUGAAAUUGUGUAUUAUUCUGUCAAAAUAUAAAAGGAGCGUUUAAAUGUUUUAUCAAAGAAUCUGAGGAUGUAACUUUAAAAGCACAAGGAAUAUGAACGUGGCAAUAGACUUAAUGUCCGAGAUUCAAGAGAAUGAAAAGAACAUUUUUCAUAUUUAAGAGUCACAUUGAUGACAAUUGUGUCUUACUUUUGUGCUGUGUGUUAAUAUCAGCACUGUGUGUGUUAAAACUAUCCAUACAGCCUGCGAGUCAAAUACUACUGAUUUCCUUUGAAGACUUUUUUGGCAUUUCUUCGUCGCUUCCGUUUACCGAUAUAGAGCAGGUAUAGGAUGCUCUCAAGUAGAUACACUACAUAUUAGCAUACAGUGUGAAAGUGAGACACAAAAAAAGGAUAAUGUACUGCACUACGGUACCGAAAUGCUGGAUUUGAGCCUUUCUCAUUCUUAGUGUUUUUCGUUUCUACGACAUGAGGGAACACCUGCUUUUCUCAAAGUGCACGCUUGGUUCGCACAGCGACUCCUCAUCCUCAGUGCUGUGAAACAUUUUAAGAUGAACGAACAAACAGCAGCCAAGAACGUAGCCCACAUAGCCAGGUGACGACGGCGGUCAACACUGUUCAAGUGCCUCUUUAAGUUGUUCGAACACUGUGGUUUGAUGGCUCAACAUGUUUUGGACCUCCUUUGAAUGUCAUGUUUUUCCAACUGCUGUAAAUGAUCAUUUUUUUAAAAAAAUUCUUCUUCUCUAAUGGCGUACCAAGUACAGCCAGCCCCAUGACUUCAGUUUGGGCCUAAUCACUCCUCGCAUGUUUGAACUUAGUGUUUGUUUUUAACCUUCUGUGUUUCUGUGCCUCAACCUGAUGUACGUAGAGACAGUUGAGUGGUUACUAUGACACGCUAAAGACUCUCCGAUCAUUUUUUUUAUUAUGGACAACCCCCGUCUAGCUUUCCACUCUGCAGGCCUCGGUGUGACCUUAUCUUGAACCAAUAAUUUUCUUUCUAGCUCGUUAUUGGCUCAACGGCUCUUUCCUUUCUGACUCUUUUUAAGCUGAAGUGACCUUAACUUAAACCUGUUCUACCCUCAAUAUUUUUUUUUUGUUGUUGUAGUCGCUGGUUAGAUCAUGUACCAAAAAUGUGAUGCCAACCUCAAGUCUCCCAGAUUGUCUUCUUGAAUUGAUUGUAUAUUAGAGAAAGUAACCUUCUCUGUUGUAACUAUGCAGUGCGUCCUGUAGUAGACUGAACACCUUUUUAGACCCCUUGUCUGUCUAAUUCUUUCAUCGUCUUGGUGUAGAGGGGAGCCUUUUCCUCCCUGAACCAGGAGAUGAACCAAAUAUUUGGUCCUAGUUAGAUUUAUUAAAUUAACCCCCAUGCCGCUA